CAUAAGUCGAUUCUAUUGAAGGAAUUGCGAAUAACAUGAUUAUGUUAUUGGAGGAUAUCAGAGCUGGUAUUAACAAUUUUAGUUCGAUAUAGAAUUUUGAUAAGGUAAAGACCUGAACAUGAGAGUUACUCUUAGGGUUAAAGCAUUCAUAGAAACUUUUAUGUAUGAAAUGUUUGUGAAGCGGCUGGAGAUUGGAUUUAACUUUUAAUACAUAUUUUAUUUAGGGUAAUAAUAACAAUUUAUAACUAAUCGAAUCGUACCUACUACAUAAAGUUAAAAGAGUGCUUUAAAGAUGAAAGGAACGUUAGCGGAGGGGAUCUCAAAAAGAGAACCGAGGCCUUAUUCCAGCUCGGUUCAUUCACAGGAUUAUUUUGUAACAACAAUGCAACUCCGAAAGAUGGCAACCGCGGGGAAGCCACAAAAACGACACCUGAUCAAAUACAAGAGAUCAGCGUCACCGUGUGAGAAUCGGACGCUGGACAAGUUCCCCAUGCCCCAUAAAAGGGAGGACGCGCUGAGGUCCGCAAGGGGUCAGAGGUCGCAGAGACGAGAGAAUGGACAGAGGAUGACUAGGGACAGGGCGGAGAGCGGCUCCAUGCGGGAGUACGGUAGACACAUGUUUGACUUCUCCGUGAAAAAUGUUGACAAUGUUAAUCUAAAUGUGAAUAUGAAUAAUGGAAAGCAUACUGGAAGCGAACCUAAAUUCCCCACUAGAAAAGGUAAAGAAAAUAUGAACAAUAUAGCUAGGUCGAAAUCUGAAAUGGCUGACGUACCGCGAACGCCGCGAAACAACGGCCCGACACCGGACGGCAGUAUUUUACACAACCGCCGACAAAGAGUGCUCAAUCAGAUACGCACGCGUCCUCAUAUGGAACAAGAAUCUCAAUUUAAUCACGAACGAUCAAGGUCCUCUCUCAGCCUUAAAUCCGCCAUCUGCGAAAAGAGUCGCCGUCUACGGAUACUUAGCGUUAACGAUUAUCCCAGACCGGAAUCUACCUUAGGAAACUGCUCGAUAAACAGUUCCGAGUUUAUAUUUGUUCCGAUGGGCGAUACAACCUAUAGUGAAAAUGGACAGUUGACAUCUGAGUUUCAAAGGUCCAAUAUGACAUCGACCAUGUCUAUAUACAACGACACCGAAAGUUAUUUUACACGGGACCCUUUUGAUGACGUCGAUGAAGCUAGCCUUUCUAUUGGUGGAGACUUUACUCCAAAUGACCAUUCAACGCGACCCAAUUCACUAGUGCACUCUCGACGGACGCUCCUCCCUCCGUCGACACCAUGCCGGUUGCAGCUGGUCUCCUUAGACGAGGAAACGUCCGAAUCGGAGGAGGAGGCUGAAGAGCCAACAGCGGAAGUGAAGAAGCCAGACCCGCCAUCGGCCCCUCAGAGGGGAGUAAGAUUCCAGGAGAGUGGAACCAUUGAGGAUGAACGCGGAAAAGUCGUGGAACCAGAACCAGAGCCAGAACCAGUCAAGGUAAAACUCGUUCUCAAAGGACCUCAUUGCUGGGUGGAUGAUGCAACCGUUUCCAGCGACCAAUCAGAUCACGAGGAAAUCGACAACACGGAUGGUGACGUCAUAGCAAGUGGUGACCAAGUAGCAAAAGACAUCCAGCAACAAAAUGUAGCGCAAAAGUCUGAAAACAUUGCGGCAGGGAAUCAAAAGAAUGUACCAAAAACUUCUAUUGUAGUUGAAAAACCAGCCAAUAAUCAAAACAAUUCAAAGUUGAUGAAAAAUGCCUUUGAGCAAGCCUUGCAGAAUGCAAAACCUGAUACAUGUGAACAAACGUUGAAAAGCAAUGAAAUAAAGAAUGCAGACACCAAUGUGCAAAGUAAUACGGCACAGGAAAAUGUUGGUAGUAAUGACAAUGUCUUGAAUGGGGUCGAUGAAGAAAGUGAAUCAAUUCCUUCUUUACCAGAUUUUAUAUGUCCAAGUUCAGAAAGGAAGUCUCGUGAGGCAGCACUAAAGCACUGGCUUGCCACAACUCAAUUUUCCUCAGGGUGCUCUGAGAUUCCUGUGAUAUAACAUUUUACAUACGAUUAUUAUUGUGUCACCAUUCCGUAAACCAAAAGUCUAAUUAACAUUUGUAAACAAAAUUCUGUGCAAUGUACAUUUAGACGUUAAAAUAAAACACCCUGGUUUUAUCACAAAUAAAAUACAGUUGCUUUCAUUGUGGGAUUGUGCUAUGUUCUAUAUGAACUGAUAUUU